UGGGUUUUUUCCUAUGGUUAUCGUAUUUGUCUUACCCGAAAGAAAACAAAAUGGUAGAUGUAGACAAACUAGACCUGGAUAUUGAACUAGAAUCUAGUUUAUAUCUAGAUCUAGAUGUGUAAUUUAAUUCUGAGAAAGACAUGUCGAUGAUGAACCAUAUUUUGGAUUCUUCUGAUUUUAUUCUUCUUGUUAAUAAACAUGGCCGGAAAAAAGACAGUAGUGGUGGUGUUGUUGGCUAUGGCACUUCAAGCAAAGAACAAUUUGAAGUUUUACCUGGUACAUUACUCAGAUUGAUGGAUGGCAUCAAUGGUAAUGGAAACGUUGAGUUUUUUCUUGAAACGUGUGAACAUGAUAAACCCAUUAUUCUGAAAUGUGUUCCUGGAGAGGUUGAAAAUCUUAGUUCAUUGAAUUUUGAGUUACUAAAACCUAUACCAAACUGUAAAGAAAGAUUGGAAGUUUACACAGAUAAAGACUGGCUAAAUGAUGGUAGGCGUUUAAAAAUAAAUGACAGUGUUUAUGUAAAGCUUAAGCCAGAACAGAGUGAACUUGAAGGUGUUCUGAGAUACAAGGGAACAGACCCUGAAAAUAAAGGAAUAUAUUUUGGUGUGGAGUUGAAGGAAAAGAAAGGGAACAGUGAUGGUGAGUUUAAGAAAUAUAGGUUUUUUAACACUGGCCCAGAUCAUGCAGUUUUUGUUGCAUUGCACAAAAUAAGAAAAAGAAGAGAAGACUGGCACAAGAGCAGUCGACUGAGAGCAGAUGAAGAUGGUGAAGGAUUAUAUCAGCAGCAAGAAACUGUCAAGUGUUCACUUCACAUUGGUGAGCGCAUUGUGUGGGUUAGUGAUGAUGGGCCUCAGAGGGGCACAGUCAGGUGGAUUGGGUACUUGCCGGGAGAACGAGAGCGAAACAUUACAGUCGGGGUUGAAUUUGAUAACCAAAUAGGAACUGGGACUGGUAAAUACAGAGACAAGAGGUUAUUUUACACCAAACCAGGAUUUGCUUCCCUCAUUCCUUUAAUAGGUUUGAUAAAAGAAAUAGAAUUUGAGAACCCAGCAGGUCCUACAGAUAUAACAGACAUCACAGAACUGACGCAUACAUCACCAGAGUUUAUUCAAGGUCAGAAGCAGAUGCUAGAAGCAUAUGCCAACUCAAAUUCGGCAUCAUCUUAUGACAAUAAGAGGUCACCCCAUGACAAGUUUGCAGAGCCAAUGCAGGUGAAUCUGGGGCUGCCUGCCUAUAAUCAACAUUACACUGAAAGUACUCACAAUCAAGAUAUCCCUCUCUAUGCUGUGGAAAGUAAACACAGGAUAGGGGAGUCCUCUGGUCUUAACCCAAUCUAUGACUUGAAAUUGCAAGAAGAGUCAAGUUCAGGAACCAGGUCCUCUAACUCCUCCAGCUUUGGCCGGGGAAAUGAACCGGAUCCUGACCUUGCUGUGGGUUCUAUGGUGGAGGUCCAGCUAAAAACACCUCUGUAUGGUGUCAUCAGAUGGAUUGGUAAUAUUGAUGAUCAGGGAAAACGCACAGCAGGAUUAGAAAUGGAAGAAGAGCUGUCUGCUGGUACAGAUGGAACCUAUAGAGGUCAAAGGUUUUUUACUUGUGCACCUAAGAAAGCCCUGUUUAUUCCAUUAUACAAGUGUAGUAAGGAUAAAAGAUUUCAUACCUUACACAAGAGGACUCCAUCCACAGAUUUUGGUGGACCUCCCACUCCUGACCUACGUGGCGACAUCCCCCCUCCCGAGUGCAAUGUGGAUCCUAAGAUGUUUUGUGGGAAGAACAGGGGUAUCCAAGGCCAUCAUAACUCCUGUUACCUGGACGCCACCUUGUUCUCCAUGUUCUACUUCACCACAGUGUUUGAUUUUAUCUUCAACCGCCCCCCAGGUGAGGGGGACCUGCCUGAGUACACCAAUGUACAGCAGGUACUGAAGGAAGGAAUCGUCAAUCCUCUAAGGAAAAACUACUACGUGAGGGCAGAUAAAGUAUUAAAACUGAGAGAAUUGUUAGAUAAACUAGGAACUAUCCCUGGAAUGAUGGGAGAGGAAAAAGAUCCUGAAGAAUUUCUUAGUUCCUUAUUAACACAGAUAAUGAAAGCAGAUCCACUUUUACAUUUAAGUUCUGGUGAACACACUUAUUUUUAUCAGCUGUUUAUGGAGAAGGAUGAAAAUCUUCUUCUUCCUACAACUCAAAAACUUGUAGAACUUUCAUUUUUACAGGGCAACGUCAAGUUAAAAGAAAUACCAUCAUGCUUGAUGAUUCAAAUGCCAAGAUUUGGCAAAGAUUAUAAAAUGUUUCACCGCAUUGUUCCUAGUCUUCUUUUAGAUAUUACCCACAUUCUUGAAAGUUCUCCCAGGGAUUGUAUUGUAUGUGGAGCUCUGGCCACCUAUGAGUGUAAGAACUGCUAUCAGGUUCAAGGGCCUGGUUUAAACAGCACAGCUUUUUGUGACCGGUGUGUCAAAACGUCUCACCAACAUAUGAGCCGACGUAAUCACAAACCAGAGCCAAUCGCCACUUCCCAGGAUUUUUUAUCUCACUAUGAAGAAGAGCUACAGAAAGCUAAGCAUGGGGAUGAAGAAACCCACUGUAUUACCCUGCCCAGGGAGACUAUGGAGCUGUUUGCUGUCAUCUGUAUACAGACAAGCCACUAUGUGUCUUUUGUCAAGUGUGGCUCUGGCAAGCAGGCGCCCUGGGUGUUCUUUGAUUCCAUGGCUGACAGAAUGGGUGAGCAAGGAGGAUACAACAUCCCUGAGGUAACAUUUGUACCUGAGCUAUCCAACUGGCUGGAUGAGAAGAACCUGCCCAACUUGUUGCAGAUGGGUGAUGAUAAAAAUUUGCCAGAGCACUUGCGUAGGAUUCUGUGUGAUGGGUAUAUGUGUAUGUACCAGAGCACGGAGGUUAUGAUGUUUCAAUGAACUGCAUUUCAAAAUUGAUCUGAAUAGCUUAAUCAAACUGUUUUUUUAAUGUAGGCCUAACUCUUUUUUUUUUCAAAUAUAAAUUUGUUGUUUUAAAUACUUUGUGAAGUUAAUAAUAAUCUGCCUGCCUAUUGUAUUGUUAUUAUGGUUUAUUUAAUACAAUUUGGUGCUUAUUUUAAAGGUAUUUUAAUUGUGUUGUAACUGAGAUUAAAAUUAAUAACAGAGCCAAUGUGUGUGUCUUUGUUAGCAAUAAGCCAAAACAAGUGCAUAAAAGUUUUAAGAAAAGAUGCUCUAUUAAUCGUGAAAACAAUUAAUUUACUAGGAUUUUUAAAGAAUUUCAAAUCUUUGCUAAAACUUACCAAAUGGUAUAGUUAAAGUUUUAAAUAAAAGUAAUAACUAACAAUUUUCUUGUACAUCUUUUGUGCUUACCAUUUCCAUUGUUUGAAUCAAAGUGCAGCUUCCAGUGUAUAUUAUAUGCAAUGCAUUGAUCUUGUUGUAAGCUUAUGUUGAACCUAUUUUCUAGUGUGUGGUGGCACUAAGGUGUUUAAUAUUCUUUCUUUUAUUAUGAAAUAUUGUGUUGGGUGGAUCGUUUUCUGUUGUACAUUUGCUUGCUAUAUGCACAGGGUUUGUGAAAUGUCAGGCUUAUUUUAGUUAUUGUUCCCUUGAGUAAUCCAUAUUUUUAUAAGUUUUUAUUCAGUUCACAAUUUGUUUUUUGUUUGUGAAUUGUGGCAACCCUGUAACUAAAUUUAAACCAAUUUCUAAUGCAGCAGUUUCAUGCAAACUUUCCAGAUUAAUCUUCAAUGACAAUGCAAGAGUAUCUAUUUUGAAUAUAAUUGGACAAUAGAUUAGUGAUUAAAAUUUAAUUAAAACAUUACUAAAUUCAAUAAUUAAAGUGGAGAUAACAAGUUAGCUUGAUCAGUAAACAGACAAUGUUGAACAGCUUGUCAUGGCUGGUUGAUUUCUUGCUCGAGAGUCGACCACGGACUAAGAAGGAGCAGAUAAUUGUCUUUUAUGGAUUGCAAGCUAUUGGUUGGAUUUUAAAGCAAAUAUUUUUAGUUUUAGCCUGUGUGGUGUUAGCUUCAAUUAUAUUUAUAAUGAAUGAUAAAAAAGUGGAAAAAAUAUAUAUAUAAACCGUAAUAAAAAAGCAUUUAAAUGUAAGAAAAGAAAACAAGCUUGCUUUCUUUAUUAAAAGCUUUAGUGUCUAAAAAACGUAAGAGGUCUCAUGAGCGACUAAAGCUUUUAUUAAAAAAACAAGUCUGUUUUUGUUUGUUUAUUUUUAUUGCAUUUUAAAGCUUAUCAUUAAAUAGGUUGUUUUUUUAAUAAACAUAGAGCACAGGUUCCAUUGCUUUUUUGGUUUCUUGAUUCUGUAGUUUCAUCUGUGUUAGACAUGAUCUAUGCUUAGGUGAAAUGUCUUGUGCAAUGUCUAUGGAAUGUGGAAGGUCUAUAACAACCUGUUUUAUUAUUUUAUUCAGUUUAGCCACAGCUUUUAUGAGCAAAGCACUCAGAUGCUGGCUAGUGAUGAGCAGGAUCUCAAUGUGCAGAUUGUGGUUAAAUUGUUGGAGAUGUUGUGCUUAAGCUUGUGUUGUUCUUUCGUUGUUUAGCCUCAGCUGGUUCUGACCUGUACGUUCUUGUACAUCUGUUGUUUAGUGAUUCUUGUGUGCAGAAAUGAGGUAAGCUUGUGCCUAACCCCAUCCAUAGAUGAAUUUCUUAGAUUACUUAUUGUUGGUGAAUGGGUUGUAAAUAGUGUUCUGCUGUAUGCAAAUUAUUUUACCCACUUUGUUGAUUUAUUUAUAAUAUUAAAUUUGCAAAAAAAUAUUAAAACGAAACAAUAAUGAUACAAAGCCUUAACUGUAAACCAAUUUUUAAAAAGCGUCUGUGCAAUUACAUAAUAGACCUCUGUGAUAUGUUAAUUUUGAUGUACCAGUACUUAAUAAUGUAAUUAAUUUUGUAUACUUGCAUAUUGUAUAUACUUUCUGCACUGUUUUUAAAGAGCUUUUAAUAUUCUUUAGUUCAAAACUUAUUUUUCAACUAUUAUGUCAUGAUUCAUAUUUUGGCAAUAAAAGAAUUUCUAAUUAAUUUUUAUCUAAAUCUUUACAGAUUUUGAAUACAGUAU